UUUCCUGGGAGCUUCUCGGUGUUCCCCUUCCCAUAGGAGGAAGGGCCUUGCCGGACGUUGCCCACCCCACACAGGGAUGCCCUCGGACCGACCCUACCUCAAGUGCGGACCAGAAAGGAAACUCGCAGCAUGAAUAUUAAAGCCACAGGCACAGACACACCAACACAGCAGGCACAACAUUCAAGGAAAGAGCAGCACUUUCGCCUGGACUCUUCGCCUUGCUCCGACUCCUCCAGACCUGGGAUCCACCUGUGCGCAGCCUCUGGCUUGAGGAUCUGUCCAGCCUGGCACUCUCCACCCAGGAGGAUCACCCCAAAGCCCACCAAGGAAGACCACGGCAGCCUUGAUCUCUGACUUCCCUGGAAAGGGCAUCUCGUCUAGUGAGCGUCAUCCUCGUCUUGGUCCUGGAGGCCCUCUCUCCUCCUCCUCCUCCUCCUCCUCCGUCGCAGCAGAGAUGCCCAGCCUCAUCUCUAGGGCCGGGGCCCCCGAGGCCAACCUGGGACUCAGCCUGGACGACUUCAUCCCUUCGCACCUUCAGAGGAGCUCGCCGUUUGCCCACAGCUCCAGCCUGAUAUCUCCUCAGGCCACAUCUACUCCGCAAGGCAGUCAAGUCCCUUCGCGUCGCAGGGUACCCGUCAUCCGCAAUUGUGGUUCGAACACCCUGAAUUUUGAAUUCCGUGACUCACCGCCGCGCACGGUGUACAAUGGGAUACCCCAUCCACAGCAUCAGAAAACAGCCCAGUGGAACAACCUAGGAAAUAAUUGGUACCCAACUUGGCCGGCUAAAGAACUCAGGCCAUUGCAGUCUUACGGUUCAUCGGUGGGUUCAUCAGUGGGUCCCGCUGGUUCAUCGGUGGAUCCCGCUGUCAACGGCACGCCGCAGCCAGGAUGGUCAGCGACUUGGACCAAAGAUGGCCGGAGAAAGGAAAAACGGUGGUUGAAGUAUGAUGGGAUCGGGCCGGUGGAUGAGACUGGGAUGCCCAUCGCUUCCCGAUCGAGCGUGGAUAGCCCCCGGGACUGGUAUCGCAGCAUGUUUCAGCAGAUCCACAGCAAGUUGCAUGAACCAGAAGUGGACUGGGACUUCUCCUACAAGGCCAGAGGUGAGGAUUGGUUUCUGCUUCUAAAUGCACAUCUGAGGUGCCACGUCUUGUGGGAAUAUCACGUGCACCCGAGAUUCGUGAAAAAUAGCCCGUUACCAACCCUGGCAUCAGGAAGUUCAUUUGGCCAACAGAAUGGCUUGGAUUGGAGACCUUGGGAACCAAAUGAUGUUGUCGAGCCCAAGAGUAUCUAUGAUUACGAACCUGGGAAAUCCUCCAUCCUCAGUGAUUCCACGUCGCCGAAGAAGCCCCCCGAGGCACCUCCGUCCCGUCCCCGGCCGGCCUCCCCACCCAUCGAGGAAUUACUGGAGAAGGAGCUCCAGCAGCUCAGCGAGGAGUUGGACAAGGACAUCCAAGCCAUUGAAAGGCGGCAGCUGGCCCGCCAGGUUUUGGGCUCCUCCUGUCCUCCUUCUCCUGCUUUUCCUGCCCGGAGCCCGUCGGUGAGCCUUGGGGCCUCUUCUCCUUCUGCCGGACAGAGCCUUCCUGGAAGCCAGCCCCACAUCCUGUCCAGCCCGAAGAUGGAGAAAGGAAGCCCCGGCCCCCCCAGGGGAAACUGGAGCAGCUCCCCACCCAGGAAUGAUCCGCUUGAGUCUGCAGAUGUUUUCCUGGAGAGUUCCCCAAAGAAAGACGAGAAGAAGAUGAAAGCAGCUCGGCUCAGAUUCGAUUUCCAGGCGGAGUCGCCAAAGGAGCUGACCUUGCAGAAAGGUGACAUUGUGUACAUCCACAAGGAAGUGGACAAGAACUGGCUGGAAGGAGAGCACCAUGGCCGGGUGGGCAUUUUCCCGGCAAACUACAUUGAGGUCCUGUCUCCGAAUGAAAUCCCCAAGCCUAUCAAGUCGCCCACCAUCCAGGUCCUGGAGUACGGAGAGGCCGUGGCACAGUACAACUUCAAAGGGGGGCUGCCUGUGGAGCUGGCAUUUCGGAAGGGAGAACACAUCUGCCUUAUCCGCAGAGUGGAUGGAAACUGGUAUGAAGGACGCAUCUCGGGCACUAGCCGCCAGGGCAUUUUCCCCGCCAACUACGUUCAGGUGUUGAAGGAGCCAAGGGUCAAGAACUCGGAGUCCGACUUCCCUUCUCCAAGCCUCCGGGCGCGUUCAACCUCGCCAUCCCAACUGCAUUCGCCCAACGCCGGCAGCAGGUGGCAGUCGGACGCCUCGCCUUUGGGCUCCUCGGCCGCAGACGUCUCCUCGUCGUUGUCAUCCGCCGCCUCCGGUCACUUGGGCUUCACUUUCUCCAUGUCCCCCAAGUUACAGCAUGCUGAGGCCGUGCCCCACAGACCCCAGAGCUCCCCGAGAGCCGCUUCUGGCAGUCUCCCGAACCAAAGCCCUUCCAGCAUCCACUCUUCCGUCCCGACGCAAGACCCCCCAAGGGCCGCUCCCCCUCUUUCGACUCCCCAGUCCCGACCUGCCUUCCCACAGCAGAAUCCGGCCCUGGAGACGGCGGCGCCUCGAUCUCCGCAGCCACGCAGCCCCGGGCAGACCUCCGAAGCGGCCCCUUCCAGCAUACAGUGGACCCCGUACCUGGCUCUCUAUCAGUAUCGGCCCCAGAAUGAAGACGAGCUUGAGCUCCACGAAGGAGACCGCGUGGACGUGAUGCAGCAGUGCGAUGACGGAUGGUUUGUAGGUGUCUCUAGAAGAACACAAAAAUUUGGCACUUUCCCUGGCAAUUACGUUGCCCCCGUGUGACGUCUUGCACACCCAGCGGAGAAGGAAUCCGUAUAUUUCCUGGAAGGUCUAGAGUCAAGUUGCAGGAAGAGGAGACCGUGUCAGCAGCAGCCUUGGUCCUUGCGUUCUGGGCAGCAAAGCCUUACCUGCAGCUCUCCCUUCCUUCUCUUCCGUUCCUUCUCUUGGCCUCACUUUUAUUAUUGCUCUUGUCCAAUAUUUCCCAUUUCCCCCCAUUAUUUACACGACUUUCCAUGACAAGUGGACUCUUACCCCGGACUGAUCGUACGGCUGUUCCCAGGGUUUUAUGCAGCUGCUCCAUCUAAAUUUCUGCUUGACAAAUAAAUAAUGGAGUAUA